AUGACUUCAGGAGAGAACUCCACACAUCCCUAUGUGCUGGUUACUGAGGAGAAGAACUGGGCAGAUGCUCAGAGAUACUGCAGAGAGGAACACACAGACCUGGCCAGUGUGAGGAAUCAAGCAGAGAACGACCAGAUAGAGGCAGUUAAAGGUGGUAGAAAAGCCUGGAUCGGCCUGUUCAUAGAUGCCUGGGAGUGGUCAGAUGGCAGCAGCUCCUCUUUCCGCCACUGGAACACUGGAGAACCCAAUAAUGCGGAUGGGUCGUGCACUGAAAUGUUGCCCAGUGGUCAGUGGAAAGAUUUAGGCUGUAGCUCUUCCAGGAACUUCAUCUGCUACGAAAACAUGCUGGUUCUGGUCCAUGAGAAUAAGACCUGGAGAGAGGCGCUGCAGUAUUGCCGAGAGCACCAUGUGGACCUGGUGUCUGUGAUGUCCAAGCGGGUCCAGCGCUGGGUGACUGAACGGGCUAAAGAAGCCUCCACUCCUCACGUGUGGGUGGGCCUGCUCCACUCCUACGGUGUUGGCUGGUACUGGGUCUAUGGACAGACCGUCUGCUACAGCAACUGGACCCCAGGGCACGAGCAAGUGGAGUCCUUCCAUCAAGGAGUUGGGGCAGUGAAGUCUAGAGGGGGGCAGUGGGUCAGCAACCUGGCUAAGACCGACCAACUCAAUUUCAUCUGUACCACUGAGGAACAAUAGGACUGGAUCCCCAGUCCAGAUCAGCGUUGGAGAAACUCCUCAGGGUCCUAAAGCUCCCUGUGAUGCUCACCACUCAUGAGCUCUCAUGACCAACUACUAUAAUAUAUUAUGCCAAGAUGUAGAAUUGCUGAAUCGCUUGCUGAUGUGACUAUUUCUGCUUACAGUUUUUCUGUGUUU